UAACUUAUUUACCCCACAGCAAAAGUGUACAUGAAGGCUACGAGCGGACUUGCGGUUCCUGGCGCGAGUUUUUCUCACUUUGCCAACCAUAUUUUCCGCCCUCUCUCGUCUUCGAGCUGACCUAGUUUCUCCGGUGUGCCCGCUGCUGUGUGUGUGUGUGUUGCGCGCAGAGCUUUAGCGGGCUUGCUGUGCCCUCCCCUCACUUCGCGUUGCUGUCACAGUAUUUUGUACCACAAAGUUCUGGCCUGCUUCAUUGCAGCUUGUCGUUCGGGGUUGGCUAAAUAUUUCGGUGUUUUUCAGUGUUGAGGACGUGAAACCGAGAGCGUGAUACAUUCUCCAGGAUAACCUCAAGGAUUCUUUCUUCUUUGCUCGGGUCAUGACUUGCGUCCAACAAACGAGGAUCGAGUCGAGCGAGGAAAGUUUACUUCUAUUCUCACUUCAUCGCUGAAAAUGUGAUCUACCGCUAAGGUGUAAAGUUUUGGCUUGUAAACUUUUCAUGAGUGUUUGAUUGAUUUCGAGUUGUGUCUUCGAGUUUUUUAUUUCUGUCCUCGGAGUAUCUCAAGGAUUAUACCAUGGCUUACGUCGCUGACGGCACACGAGUCGAUGGCUCGUGGGAACUCAAUAUUUUGGUUACCGACCUUCAGGUGGAAAGGACCCUACGUGUUAUGGGCGACCUCCAUAUUGGAGGGGUGAUGGUGAAACUGGUACAAGAGCUAGACAUCGCCCUCGACUGGUCAGACCACGCUCUCUGGUGGCCCGAGAAGAACAAGUGGCUACUCCGGGCUCGCUCCACGCUUGACCAGUACAAUGUCCAGGCGGACGCGCGCCUGCAGUUCACGCCCAUGCACAAGAACCUCAAGGUACAGCUGCCGGACUUACAGGUGCUGGAGCUGCGAGUGGACUUUUCCAUCAAGUGUUUCGCCACCGUCGUUCAGACGUGCAAGGAAUUGGGUGAGUAGUGAGAGUGAGCGCCGACAC